UACCGUGUUGCCCUCGCCCAUCAGAAGCGAUGAGCCAGCCUGUGGAGCCAAGCCAGAUGCCAGCAUGUCUGUCUGUCCCCAGAGCCAUGGAGAGAGCCAGUCUGAUCCAGAAGGCCAAGCUGGCAGAGCAGGCUGAACGCUAUGAGGACAUGGCAGCCUUCAUGAAGGGCGCCGUGGAAAAGGGUGAGGAGCUCUCCUGUGAAGAGAGAAACCUGCUCUCUGUGGCCUACAAGAACGUGGUAGGCGGCCAGAGGGCUGCCUGGAGGGUCCUGUCCAGCAUCGAGCAGAAGAGCAACGAGGAAGGCUCGGAAGAGAAGGGCCCCGAGGUGCGAGAGUACCGGGAGAAGGUGGAGACCGAGCUCCGGGGUGUGUGCGACACCGUGCUGGGCCUGCUGGACUCCCACCUUAUCAAGGAGGCCGGGGAGGCGGAGAGCCGGGUUUUCUACCUGAAGAUGAAGGGCGACUACUACCGCUACCUAGCCGAGGUGGCCACUGGUGACGACAAGAAGCGCAUCAUCGACUCUGCCCGGUCAGCCUACCAGGAGGCCAUGGACAUCAGCAAGAAGGAGAUGCCGCCCACCAACCCCAUCCGUCUGGGCCUGGCCCUGAACUUUUCCGUCUUCCACUACGAGAUUGCCAACAGCCCCGAGGAAGCCAUCACGCUGGCCAAGACCACUUUUGAUGAGGCCAUGGCUGACCUGCACACCCUCAGCGAGGACUCCUACAAAGACAGCACCCUCAUCAUGCAGCUGCUGCGAGACAACUUGACCCUCUGGACAGCCGACAACGCCGGGGAAGAGGGUGGGGAGGCUCCUGAGGAGCCCCAGAGCUGAGCCUGCCCCUCACCCACCUGCAGCCCUGCCCUCCAGUCCCCAGCCCUUCAAGAGGACUAGUAUGGGGCGGGAGGCCCCGCCUUCCCAGACCCUUCCCAAUGCUCUGCCCCAACUCCGAAAGCCUUGGAGGGGAGCAGUGGAGCUGAGCCCACCCUGGGCUGGGGAUCCCACUCUGCAUGCAGCUGUCAGGUGCUCCUAACGGCAGGUGGUCCCACUCACCCCUGCUCUCUGCACCCCCUUUCCUCCCGUCUCUGCCCCUGACUGGGCUACCCACCCUCCUGCUGUCUAUUAGGAAUUGAGGAGUGUCCCACCCCUGGUGGCUGAGAAUGGACUGUGUGGCAGAGGCUGGAGAUGAGAGAGAGAGAGAGAGAGAGAGACUGAGUGAGAUCGAGAGCGAAUGAGGGAAAGCAUGUCUGCUGGGUGUGACCCUGUUUCCUCUCAAUAAAGUUCCUGUGACACUC